AAUAUCCAAAAAUACGCUAAUAAGGUAGUCCAACUCGUUAAGCAAAAAAACAAAAGACUAUAAACGGCAAGUAAAGCGUCUCUUUCACAUCAGUUUCUAUUCUCUGGUUUCUUCUUUCUAUUUUUUCCCCUCCCGCCUCUGAGUCAACACUAUGAAAAUGGAGGAGAUGAGUGGGAAUGAUGAACAAAAACCAGAGGCGGAGAAGCCAAAUCAGGGGAAGGAACAAAAUCGAGUGUUGGGGAUUUUUUCGAAUAAGAUCGAAAGUAUUGAUUUGAAGCCCGGAGAUCAUAUUUAUACAUGGCGAUACAAUUAUCUCUACUCCCAUCACGGAAUAUACGUUGGCGAUGAAAAGGUGAUACAUUUUACCCGAAGCGCUGAUCAUGAAGUUGGAACGGGCACCUUUCUGGACCGCUACUUAUUCAGCUCAUCACCCAGUAAUACUUCAGGCCCCCCAUGUCCAACGUGUGGUGAUCAAUCUAGAAGUAGUGGUGUUAUUUCUUCAUGUCUUGAAUGUUUUCUGUCUGGCGGUGAGCUCUACAAGUUUCAUUACGGUGUGUCACCAACAGUUUUUCUUGCGAAAGCACGUGGAGGAACAUGCACACUUGCUGCUUCUGAUUCAGCAGAACAUGCCAUUCACCGUGCUGAAUUUCUGCUUCAAAAUGGUUUUGGAGGAUAUAACAUUUUUAAGAAUAACUGUGAGGAUUUUGCAAUCUAUUGCAAGACAGGGUUGCUAAUAUUCUCAUCUGUCAGCGUAGGCCGAAGUGGUCAGGCAACAUCCUUUGUGGCCGCUGCAACUGCCGUUGUCUCAUCCCCAUUACGUUUCAUGACAACUAGCUUUCCUGGUCUAGCUGCUGUUGGAUGCGGGAUAUAUUGUCUCAGCCGAUAUGUUUCUGAUAUUGGAGUUCGCCGUGAUGUGACGAAAAUUCCUGUUGAGAGGCUGGUUGCUCAUUCUGUUUUGGACGAAUCCACUGUUGGCUCUGAGCUUUUCAACGAUAUUGCUUCUGAGACGUGUAAGAAAGAAUAAUUUUAGAUUCAUUGAGCUAUUUGAGGUUUGCAAGGAGCUGUCUAUUUAAGUACUACCUUUGUGAAGAAGUUCUAUAUUACCGGAUUAUUGUUGUUAUUGACUGGUGAUAAGGCUUAUGUGAAACAUUUGCUGUUUUUCUGUUGAACAUGAAUACAUGAUCAUUGUAAGUUAUGUUGAGCCUCGCUGUUUGUAAUCAGAUCUUAUAAAGCCGUAGUUUCUUUGCUUUUGUUUUGGAUUGUUCUUCGUUAUGUCUCUUUUUAUCUUGGAUUUUCAAUGAAUGAAACCCCAAAGAAAUUGAACAGAAUGACAGAGUAUGGUGUUGAAUACUUAUUUUCUAGAGUUAGUAUGUUAAGACACGUGAUUGUCUCCUGCAUAACUGAUCAGUUUUUCAUCUAGUUAUGACAGUUGCUGAGCCUUUUAGGUUUCUGGCUGAACCAGAGUAACUAACUAUACAUGC